AUGUGCUCUGUCUUCACCCUAAAGCCCUGUAAUGUCGCCAUAGCAGCUGCUAGUACCAUUACAGAGCCGUCGUGGAAGAGGAAAUAUGCCUCUGCAAGUUCACAAGUGGUCACGAAUGUCGCCACGAUCGCUCCAAAGAAUCGAUCUUCGUUGCUGCUGAAGCAAUUAGGAAUCCCUCAUACCGAUCUGCGCGUGGAGGAGAUUGUGGAGAGGCAGUCGUCUAAUAAGGAGUUUUAUAGCAGUGGCAGCAGCAGCUUCAGUACGGAUCAUGAACUCAGCAGGAAGAUUAAGCCAGAGUUGGAUGGUGAAUUCCUUGAUGAAUCCUACGAGAGGUGCAGGGAAAUUUGUGCUGAAUACGCCAAGACUUUCUACCUAGGAACUAGGCUAAUGACAGAGGAGAGGAGAAAGGCGAUAUGGGCAAUCUAUGUUUGGUGCAGGAGAACAGAUGAACUGGUUGACGGUCCAAAUGCAGAUUAUAUGAUGACCAACUCGACAGUGUUGAACAGAUGGGAAGAGAGAUUAGAAGACAUAUUUGUUGGUCGUGCUUAUGACAUGUAUGAUGCUGCUCUCACGCAUACCAUCUCCCAAUUCCCUCUUGACAUCAAGCCUUUCAGGGACAUGAUCGACGGAAUGAGAAUGGACACAUGGAAAUCAAGGUACCAGAACUUCGAAGAACUGUACCUCUACUGCUACUACGUCGCCGGGACAGUGGGGCUGAUGAGCGUCCCAGUCAUGGGGAUAUCUCCAACCUCCUCUGCCUCUGCUCAAACCAUCUACGACGCAGCUCUCUACUUGGGCAUUGGCAAUCAGCUCACCAACAUCCUUCGCGACGUCGGCGAAGAUGCAUUGAGGGGCAGAGUAUACCUUCCUCAGGACGAGCUUGCGCAGUUCGGCCUUUCCGACAGAGAUGUAAUGUCAGGGAAAGUAACAGACGGGUGGAGAGAAUUCAUGAAAGCUCAGAUCACGAGGGCAAGAUCGUACUUCAACCUCGCCGAGGAAGGAGCCUCUCACCUCGACGACGCCAGCCGUUGGCCGGUAAACUCGACCAUCGACUCUGUUUUUUUUUUUCUUGCAACUUUUUUUUUCCCCGCCCCUGGCUCGUUUCUUUGUAAGUUGCUGAAGGAAGGUUGAUUGUUUGAUUGCAGGUGUGGACUGCGCUGUUGGUGUACAGGAGUAUAUUGGAUGAGAUCGAGGAGAAUGAUUAUGACAACUUGAACAAGAGGGCUUAUGUUGGGAGAGGGAAGAAGCUGCUCAUGUUGCCAAUAGCUUACAGCAGAGCUCAAUUUCGACCACCUGCGUUGCUACUUUCUUAACUAAAAUCCCCACCCGCUCGAGCAAUUUGCCGACUCUUCUUAGUGUUCUUAUGUUGUAUCAUAGCGAUGCCGGUUGUGUCACUGUGUGUGUCUAUAUAAGAUAAGAAGAAACUAAAGAGGCUAGCUAAGCUCAUCUAUGUUACAUGUAUUUAGUGUGGUUUAGUUUGUGGGAAUCGGACGAACCAGUUCAAUUUGUAGUAUCAGUGAUUGAUUUGAUUCUAACCGCGCAUUUCGAUUGUAUAAUUUAUGCCAUGAGAGUGAAAUUUAUAGUACUUUUAAGAAACUUAAUUGGAAGCUUAAUAAUGAUAAAUGGAGU